AUGGCGCCCUUUGCUCUUUUCGCCCAUCGCAGCUUUCGACGUGGGCCAUCAAGUCAACUGACUUCAGCGUCAGAGUCUGUCGCUGCUCAGCAGAAGACAGUCAUGGGAGGUGUGCCGUCUAAGGCUGCCUCGACCACCAAUGAGGCGCCUCACAGAAAAUUGAGGCCACGGUCAUCGUCAAUCAAUCUUCUCAAACGCAAUCGCACUCCUUCUGCGUCCACUGCCGUGCGCAAUUCAACGGUAACUCAGCCUUCUGCCAGUGUGGAUUCGACGACCAUCGAAGUCUCCGAGUCAGAAGCAGAUUAUACCAGAAUAUCUCUUGCACGCCGCUCCGACUCCCAAUCCACCGUCAAGACACUCAGCGAUUCUGUCCACUCGAACCGCUUUGAAGUUCCCAAAGAUGACAGCUUCCAAUCGGACGCUAGCUCGACAAGAACAGCUACGCGCGUAACUUCACCUUUGGAAACAGCUAUCGUCUUUGGUGCAAACGACGAACAAAGUGGCAUGAGUACUCCUGUACCACCCCACUCUCCCAAAACAGCUCACAUUCAACUUCCUACGCCUCCAUUUUUGACUGAAGACAGUCCUACUAAGUAUGGCUUACGCGUCACCCAUUCUCCCUCUCCCGAUCGUGCCAUGGUAGCAACUCAACGACCGAAGAUGAGCGGUGCUGGAUUGUUCGUGCAUGCUACUGCUCAGCAAAGGUCCGCAACCUUGACCCUGCCAGUCGACCAAGCGAAAUCGGGUGCCACAAACCCUACACAAGCGUUCGCUCGCAGUUCGCCUUCUCUGCCCCUGUCGGACAAAACGAACUUGAAGCCUGAUCAGUCAAACUCGUUGCCCAGUCGUAAAUCGCAAUCCACCUUCAGCCGUCCCUUCAAAGAUGCUCCUCAAGAGCAUGUCGCUCACGCACUACCCCUACGCACCUCGCAGAAAACAUGUUAUCGUGACCACGAUCUCUGGCAGCGCAUGGGCUCCAACUACAAGCAUCCUGUCGCUUGUGCCAUAUGCGAUGGAUACGAACCACCUGGCGAUGAUUUCAUGACCUGCUUGUGGUGCGAGGUCCUUCAGAAAAGAUGA